CCGUCUGACAGCAGUGUAAGGUGUGCAUUGUGUUCAUGACUGCGGAAGGCGCUGAGGCUUUAGUAAGGCUGACGAGAUCUGGACGUUGCAUGGAAUGGAUACCCAGGACGGCUCCGUAGAAGCAGCCAGCGAUGCGCUGAUGACGGCGUCUCAAAGAAGGGCCGAGAUCAGGCGGAGGAAGCUGAUGAAUAACUCCGAGGAAAGGAUGAACAGGAUUAUGGGCAUCCACAAACCAGCUAAUAUCGAUGACCUCAGAACGGAAAGACUGAACAAACCAGAUUUGUCACCCAUGUCAUCUACCUUGACUAAGCGAGGAGUCCUGCUCUCUGGAGACAUUGUCUCAUCAGACCAUCUCUGUGACGGAGCAGAUGGAGCUGAAUCCUACUCUGGAGAAAUGACGGACCUCGGCAGGAAUUCUGAUUUCAGUAAUGACAGCAAUGGACUCCGAAAUCACAGGCCAGAUGUGACUGCAGACCCCAUGUCACAAGGCCUAAAUCAGUACUUGUCCAAAUUUGAUGAGGCCAUGAAACUGAGGAACCAACUGAAUAGUGAGAAGCCCAAUUCAGAAAAUGGGAAUGGCGUGGACGAGUUGGACUCUUUCCGUAUUUUUAGGCUCAUAGGAAGUGCCCUUCUUGCCGUGGCAGUCAGAAUGUUUGUGUGCAAGUUCUUGUCCAUUUUUGCGCCGUUCCUCACGUUACAACUUGCAUUCAUGGGAUUGGCAAAGUAUUUUCCGAAGGGAGAGAAGAAGACAAAGAAAACGGUGCUCACUGCAGCCCUGCUUCUGUCUGGCAUCCCCUCAGAGGUGAUCAGCCGCUCACUGGAGACCUACAGCAAGAUGGCCGAUGUUUUUACUGACCUCUGUGUCUACUUCUUUACCUUUAUUUCCUGUCAUGAAAUACUUUUAUUUUUUGGUUCCGAAGUGCCCUGAUAGCUACCCACAGUACACAUUUUGAAGCCUGUCUGUUACCAAAGCCCUAAUUUAUUUUGUUUGUGUAACUAGAUAUCGGCUGGUACAAUUUCAGUGAAAAUGCAGUUGUUCAUGAAAAACAUCUGCUAAGAUCACAAGGUCAAGUGGGUAUAAAUUCAUUCCAUCCCCAUUUGUUUCAAAGGGGUAAAUGAAUUCUAGACCCUGAAAUUGAAAAUACUAAUUUUGAUGUUUAAUUUCUUAGUAAAAUAGUUAAUAUUCCAUUUCCAUUAGAAGCAGAGUUUAGACGAUAUGUGGAGACCGCAUUUCUCCAUGUUUUCUUGGCCGUGGCUAGUUCUGUAAAUGGUAAAGCAUUUUGUGACCCACCAUGAUAUCACUGCGGUCGGUAGAAAGCUGCGCUCCGUAGUUUUGUGUGCUAUAUUGGGGUAGAGGACUGUAGCUCGAAUCAGCCAUUGUUUCUCCUAAAAAAAUAAAUAAAAACUGCAUUUCUCAGUGAAGGA